AAGUAAGUAGGGUUAGCGAGUCCGGCUCGCCACCACAUAACCUCAACCGAGGAACGUUUUUAACUUUAAAACAUUUAGAGAAUUCAUUUGAAUUUGUUUAUUGAGUAAAACAUUACUUUCUUUAAUAAUAAUACAUGAAAAUGUUAUAUUGUCGUAUUAAAACCAUAGGGACGGAAUAAUUUGCUAAAUAAAGUUUUUGCAAACAGCUGGGCAAUGUUAGUGUAAAUAAAGGUCUUGUACAGAUGAAGUUUUUUAUUCAAAACUUAGUAAAACGAACUUCUAGAAUAUUUUUAGAUCUUAUACCACCUAUCAGGGCUACAACCUUAAUAGUACACAAUACAAUGAGUGAAGUAAAAGUGACCCGUAAACCUAAAUAUGAUGGUAGAACUAAAAAAAGGCAAUGGGAGGAUCGAAGGUCAGAUAAAGGGGCUGGACUUGACCCAACUCUGCCCAAACUUGUUAAAAUUGAUGAGAUGACAACUGCUCCAGUCUCAGCUGACAAAAUCAAAAGAAGAAAAUUUGCACUUUUGAUGGGUUAUUCAGGUGCCCACUACUAUGGCAUGCAGAGAAACCCAAAUACAAAAACUAUAGAAGAGGACUUAUUUAAGGCACUUUUUGAUGCUGGAUUUAUUAAUGAAGAUUGCUAUACUAUGGUACAAAAUAUGCAAUUUCAGAGAGCAGCAAGGACAGAUAAAGGUGUAAGUGCUGCUCGACAAGUUGUUUCAUUAAAACUAGGUGAGAAUUUUAAUUUGGCUAAAGUUAAUGAACUACUAUGUGAUGAAAUUAGAAUAUUUGGUUUCAAAAGGGUCACAAAAGGCUUUAAUUCAAAAUCUCAGUGUGAUGGUAGAACAUAUGUUUAUAUCCUUCCAACAGUGUCCUUUGUGAACAAUAAUGAUUUACAACAAAAGGGCUUUAGACUACCCGAGGAGAUACAUAAAAAAGUCAAUGAAAUAUUACAGAUGUAUGUGGGAACAAAAAAUUUUCACAAUUUUACUGUUAAAAAAAAACCAAAUGACCCUAGUGCCAAAAGAUUUAUAAAGUCUUUUGAAUGUGAAACUCCAUUUGUUAAAGAUGAUGUUGAAUUUUGUGUUCUUAAAAUUUAUGGACAAAGUUUUAUGAUGCAUCAAAUUAGGAAAAUGAUUGGAUUAGUAUUAGCAGUAAUGAGGGGUCUUACUGGUCCAGAAACAAUUGAAAAAGCUCUUAGCUCUGAUGAAAAAGUGAAUGUGCCAAGAGCCCCAGGUCUAGGAUUACUUUUAGAUUAUGUUCAUUAUGUAAGAUAUAACCACAGGUAUGGAACAGAUGGAAUGCAUGACAAAUUGACAUGGGAAGAUGUUGAGAAGGAUGUUGAGGAAUUCAAAGAAAAAAUGAUUUUACCUAUCAUUAUAAAUACAGAGAUCAAUGAAACAUCUAUGUUGAAUUGGUUGGAAAAUAAACUAUCUAGACACUCUUAUGAUGAUGAGGAAAAAGAUGAAAGUGAUGAUGAGGGAGGAGCAGCAGAUGAUGAUGAGGAUGAUCAAGUUGUUACUUCCAAUCAGGACAUUACUAAGGACAUAAAAAAUAAUAUCUCAAAAGAAAAAAUUGACAAAGAAAAAGCUACUGAAUGAAUAUUAUGUCUUUUUAGAACAUUAGAAUAAAUGCUAGUAUUUUAGAA